ACCCUGGCUGUUUACUCCAGUAGUACGUGUUUCUGGGGGAAAUUAUUUACUUUCACUUUCGCUUUAGACUGCAUGGCUGUCAGGGGCAUCUGCAUUCAGAUCUGAACACCAAGCUGAUGUUCUUACUUCCUCCUGAGAAAAGCAUUUCUUCACAAAAAAGCAUGUUCAGCUUUCUCCUCAUUAUCCUUUCUUUCGCUCCUCCUCUUGACUCCAAAGACUCAGAAAACACCACAUUUGUUACAACUGACUCCUCUUUUCCAUGGAAACUGAGAUUACCAGACACAGUAAAGCCAGUUCACUACAAUUUACUAAUCCAUCCAAACCUGACUUUCCUCAACUUUACUGGUAGUGUACAGAUUCAGUUGGAAGUACUGCAGGACACCAAUUACAUUCUUCUUCACAGCAAGAAUCUUCACAUCUCCAGAGCAGUUGUUUUGCAGUCUAGAGGUGCUCAUCUUCUUCACGUCAACAAGUCUGAACCCUUUGAGCAGAUUGCAUUGUCUGCUCAGAACUUUAUGUUUCGAAGAGGAGUACAUGUUAUCCAAUUAGAGUUCUCAGCUGACCUGUCCAGCAGUUUUCAUGGAUUUUAUAAAGGCUCAUACACCACAGCGAGUGGUGAAAAGAGGGCUUUGGCGUCCACCCAGUUUGAGCCAACACAUGCUCGUGCUGCUUUCCCCUGCUUUGAUGAACCAGCCUUUAAAGCCAACUUUUCUAUUCACAUACGCCGGGAACCAAGGCAUAUUUCCAUUUCAAACAUGCCUAAGUUGAAAACGGUGGCACUCACAGCAGACCUGCUGGAGGAUCAUUAUGAUGUGAGUGUGAAGAUGAGCACUUAUCUAGUAGCCUUCAUUGUUUGUGACUUUGUCUCCAUCAGUAAGAGAAGUCAACAUGGCGUUCAGAUAUCUGUGUACACUGUCCCAGAGAAGAUUAAUCAAGCAGAAUAUGCCCUCAACACAGCAGUAACACUGCUUGAUUUUUAUGAUGACUACUUUGGUAUCCCAUAUCCACUUCCCAAACAAGAUCUUGCAGCAAUUCCAGACUUUCAAUCGGGUGCUAUGGAAAACUGGGGCUUAACCACGUAUAGAGAAGUCAGGCUCCUUUUUGACCCUGAAAGGUCUUCUACCUCUGACAAACUGGGCAUCACAAAGGUUAUUGCCCAUGAGCUUGCCCAUCAGUGGUUUGGUAACUUGGUGACGAUGCAGUGGUGGAAUGACCUGUGGUUAAAUGAGGGUUUUGCCAAGUUCAUGGAAUUUGUAUCCACCAACAUCACCUAUCCUGAGCUGCAAGUGAAUGACUACUUCUUAGAGAAGUGUUUCACUGCCAUGAGUGUGGAUUCUUUAAGCUCCUCACACCCCAUCUCUACCCCUGUGGAAAAUCCUGCAGAAAUCCGAGAAAUGUUUGAUGAUGUAUCCUAUCAGAAGGGGGCCUGUGUUUUGAGCAUGUUGAGAGAUUUUCUGACCCCAGAAGUGUUUAACCUUGGGAUUAUACGUUAUCUGAAGAAACACAGCUACCAGAAUACCGUGAAUGCUGAUCUCUGGGACAGUCUGACAAACAUCUGUCACUCAGAUGAUGGUGACUUUGGGACACUGAAUACAGAUGGAUUCUGCACUGACAGCAAGUCCAAACCUUCUGCUUCUAAAUGGUAUAUGGAGGAUGACCUGAAUGUGAAGGCUAUCAUGGACACCUGGACACUGCAGGAAGGUUUUCCCAUUGUCACUGUGGAGGUCAAAGGUCGAGAGGUCAAACUAAAACAGGAGAGGUACCUUAAAGGGGCAGAUACAUCAGUGAAUUCAAGCUUCCUUUGGCAAGUGCCUUUGACCUACAUCACCAGCAGCUCCAGCUCUGUCCAGCGUUUUCUCCUGAAAACUAGAAAAGAUAUAUUGUACUUGCCAGCAGAAGUGGAGUGGAUCAAAUUCAAUGUGGACAUGAGAGGUUAUUAUAUUGUCCAUUACGAAGCUCAGGGCUGGGAAGCUUUGAUCAGGCAGCUUCAGCAUAAUCACACAGUUUUUAGUGGGAAUGACAGAGCAAGCCUCAUCCAUGAUAUCUUCCAGCUGGUCAAAAUUGGAAAGGUUCCUCUGGAUAAGGCUAUGAGUCUGAGUCUGUACCUGAAACAUGAGACUGGGAUCAUGCCGGUGACACAGGGCUUCAGUGAACUCGUCCCUUUUUACAAACUCAUGGAAAAGAGAAACAUGGCAGCUCUGGAGAACCAACUGAAGGUCUACUUAGUGAACCUGUUCCAAGGACUGAUUGACACACAGACAUGGAGUGAUGAGGGCUCAGUGUCAGAGAGGAUCUUGCGGAAUUACUUGCUCCUCUUUGCCUGCGUGCGCCGUUAUGAGCCCUGUGUGAGCACUGCCCAGGAUCUUUUCCUCAAAUGGAAGGCGUUAGGUGGCAACAUGAGGUUGCCUGCUGACAUCCGCUUGGUUGUGUACGCUGAGGGUGCUCGAACAGAAGAAGGUUGGGACUUCCUUAUGGAAAUGUACCAUCGCACGAUGUAUCCCUCGGAAAAGAGUCAGAUUAAAGCAGCACUAACCUACAGCCCACUGGCUCACAAGCUAGAGUGGUUAAUGGAAAGGGGUCUACAAGGAGAUAUCCUGAAGACCCAUGAGCUGCCAUCACUUGUCAUUAGUGUCAGUAAAAACCCAAAUGCAUAUAAACUGGCCUGGAACUUCCUGAGGGCCAAUUGGCAAGAACUGAUUAAGAAGUUUGAUCUUGGUUCCUCUUCAAUCUCACGUAUGGCUGUUGGAGUAACCAAUCAGUACUCAACUAAGGAGAUGCUCGAAGAGGUGCAGACUUUCUUCAGUUCACUGCAGGUAGACAUGGGUUCAGGACUGCGUAGCAUCCAACAGGCCCUGGAGAAUAUCGAGGAGAAUAUCCGCUGGAUGGAUAGAAAUAUUCCACUUCUUAAAGACUGGCUGAACAGCCAUAGAAUAUAACUGAAGCCAGAGUGUUGAAUUGAAUGUUCUUAGGAACACAGCUAAUUUAUGUUGUCACCUACUCCAUAAAAAAAUACUUGGAACCAAUUCCAUAAAAGAGUGGUCAUCGAAGUAGGGGCCAAGACCUCUCCCAGCCAGUGGGUCUGUGUUUUUUGUUUUUAUAAAUGAAGGUUUUGAGGUGGAAAACCCAUUUAUUCAUCCACUGUCUAUACCUCUUAGCCAUCAAUAGAGCCAAUCCCAGCUGACUUUGGGUAAGAGACAGAGUUCACCAAGGGAAAGUCACCACAGUGCGAAAACCUACAUGAAGAACCAUUUCACACCCACACUCACUCCUAGAGGCAAUUUGGAGAAGCUAGUUGACAAUCUACAUGCCUUUGGACUGUAGGAGGAAACCAGGGCAGACAUGGGGAGGACAAACUCCACACAGAAAGGCACCAGUCAGCCAUAAGGUUUGAACCCAGAAGCUUCUUGCUGUGAGGAGACCGUUCUAACCACUGCACCAUAGUGAUGCCCAGAAACUCAAGUUAUUACAUUAAUUAUUGCCCUUGCCGUUAAUAGCUGCUUUGCUUGUCCUUUAAAUUGAAUGGAUUUAAGCAAAAUAAUUUAAAAACAAGUAGUCUUAAGUUACAUCAACUUGACUAGAAUAAUUUGCAAACCAAAACCCAGCAAAUAGCCAAAAUAUUGUAUAUACAUAAAUAAAGUUCAUAACAUUGUUUGAUCAAAUUAAUAAUGUGCCGAGGGAGUCCAUGGAAUUCAUUUUACUUUUAAAAAGUCUACCUAUUCGGAACCAUGAUUACAGGACUUUUGCUAACUGGAUUAGGCAUUGCCUUGGUUUAUCGAGGAAAUCAGAAAACGGUGGCAGCUGUCCAAAGCCCCAUAAAGCUGCCCGACAUGAUUGAAGCAGUGGGCAGAGCUGUCGGCACUCAGACUGUGGCUAUUCAGAACUUGAACCGCAACAUGGAUAACAUCAUGGAGAAGCUUUUGGCUUUGCAAAGGAAAAUGGAUCGAUUCGGAGGCCAGAAGAGACAGAGUAGUAGUGUAAAAGAAUGCGUCUACUCGCCCCAAGACCAAACAAUUCCAAUUUAUCUGCUUUCAGCUCCCUCAGCCAGCACUGGCCUUGGCCAAGGCCAUUGCUGGGACAACAACUCCCCCUGAAGAUCACUGCAGUCAAACUCGCUUGUAUUCCUUCCCCCACUUCCCACGGUCGCCACUUUUACCCCCAGUGUGACAAGUGGGUAAGCGCCGUCUUCGGCUGCAGGACCGAACGGCUUGUUCGCGCUGGGUUACCUAUACCUCUGCCCCUCCCAUGAUCGCCCCCCCCUUCCCCAUCAAGUCCUGAGUUUUCAUGUAAAGUGCACCGUUAUUUUUUGCUUAUGUGCUGUGUUUUUUUUUUUUUAAUGUUCCCACACUGUACUCCCCACAGGUACAUAGUGUGGGGGUUGCUUUUUUCUCCUCCCCUCAUGUUACUCUGUAUUUUUCAUCCCUGUCUUGUCUACUCCCCCUGUGUCGUAUGUAUGUAUGUAUACGGACGGGUUGACGGCUAAUUUUGCUGGUACUUGUGACUAAGUGACAAUAAAGGGUUCAUUCACUCAUUCAAAAA